AUGGAGGUGCUAUCAAAACUUCUAAAUAGAACAGCAGGUGAACCUUCUUUUAAGCAUCAUUGGAGGUGCAAAGAGUUAAAUCUUUGUUUUGCAGAUGAUUUAAUGAUCUUUUGCCACGCGGAUGAAAACUCUCUUGGUAUUGUCAAGAGAGCAUUGGAUCGUUUCACUUUUUGGGCGGGAUUAAAAGCAAACCCCUCAAAAAGCAACAUUUUCUUCUCCGAGAUGAGUGAGGAGAGCAAACAAGCUCUUUUGUCGAUCCUUGGGUAUCAAGAAGGAAAGCUACCAAUGAAGUAUUUGGGUGUCCCUCCCAUAACCAAAAAACUUUUCCUUGCUGAUUGCAAACCUUUGGUGGACAAAAUCUUGGCUCGCAUUCAAUUUUGGCAAAGCAAAUUCCUCUCUUAUGCUGGUCGGAUCAAAGCAACCUACUUGGCAAAGAAGAGCUUUUGGGAGAUUCAUAUACCUUCGGAUGCUUCUUGGGCUUGGAGGAGCAUUUUGAAGCUUAGAAGGGAAGCUAGAGAGCACAUCAAAGCCAUCAUCGGAAAUGGUCAAGCAACUUAUGUUUGGCAUGAUAAUUGGCACCCAAGAGGCCCUCUCAAGGAUAGAUAUGGCAAUUGCAUUGUGUAUGAUUCAGGGCUAUAUCAUCUUGCUAAGGAUUCUAUCAACUUUGAUCCAAAGGAGGGCGAGGACGUGGUUGUUUGGAAGCCUAAUGCAUCCGGUAAGUUCUCUAUAAAAUCGGCUUGGGAGGUUGCUCAUGUGCACCAACACCGAGUGGAAUGGCAUCACCUUGUAUGGUUCCCAAAAGUUAUUCCACAACACUCCAUGAUCACGUGGAUGGCAUGUAAGGAUCGGCUUCAGACUAGGGACAAACUGAUGAGACUCUGCGCUAGGGAUUUUGAGAGCUUGGUAAACGCAAAGCAGAAAGAGCUUACUGAUAAGUUAAUGAAAGAGAACCGGAUCCUCAAACGGGCAGUGUUCAUUCAACAUGAACAGCAUCUGAAAGAGGGCGAGGAGUAG